UCAAAUAAAUAAAUAAAUAAAAUGUACACGAUCGUAUAUAGGGGCAUACACGAUCUGACUGAAAGCGUGUGGACCUCUAGAGGUCAGUAUGUAGGCUUGCUGUCUAUACUCAUAACCCCUUUACGAAAUUUGACAUUGUCCAAUACUUACCACAAAACUUCCGUAAUCUCUAAAUUUCCUAUAUUAUUUGGCAUAUACCGUUAUAGGCCUAUGUAUAGGCCUAAGCCUACAUUUUCACCUAGAUCACUUCGUGAAAUACACUAAAUACACGUGCACUUGAAAUGCGAUAUCAUUUUAAACGACAUGUUUUGCAGAGCGAAAGGUAAUAUCUUUUUCUCUGUUCUUCCCAAGUGAGGAGCAACUAGACGAGGCUAUAAUAUCGAGAGAAGGUGCCGCGAAUCUGUCUAUCGCUAACAGGCGUAAAUUGCCGAUGUUUGACGGAGAGUCCCGAGACGGUGUAGUAUGACUUGCGGAAGUCAACAAGAACCGAAAUCGGCCGGCGUGGAUCAUGCGCCUGAAAUAUGGCAGAAAAACAGCACCGAUCUCAAUUUGCACAGUGCUGGGAUGAAAGUGGUGACCCGGUCAUUCAGCCCCUGGAUACACUAGAGGCCUUGUUAGAAUGGGAGCCUGGCAGAGAUGCUGCUUGUGUGUCCAUAACACUGCUAAGGGGUGCCCCCAAACGGCGUUCUGCCCCAAGCACUUUAAUAUGUCAUGACUUAUCGGGUGGUUACCUGGAGGACAGAUUUGUCCAGGGUGUGGUGUCGCCUGAUGAAGAAUGUUACAGGUUUUAUCACUGGUGGCAGGUUGACACCUUCAUCUACUUCAGCCACAGGUUCAUCACAAUCCCUCCCUCAGGCUGGCUGACUGCAGCUCACAAACAUGGGGUCAAGGUCCUAGGUACAUUUAUCACAGAGUGGGAGGAUGGAGCUGAGAAGAUGGCGACUCUUCUCAGCUCAGAACAGACCAUAACUACUGCUGUGGAGAAGAUGACAGCCAUAGCUCAGUAUUACAACUUUGAUGGCUGGUUAAUUAAUAUAGAAAAUAAAAUAGAGACGUCUAAGAUAGAUCUGCUGGUAAAGUUUGUGGAGAAACUAACAGAGAGCACACGGUCUUCUCUGCCCCAUGGGACAGUCAUCUGGUACGAUAGUGUCACCAGUACUGGGGAACUAGAAUGGCAAAAUGCGCUCAAUGACCGGAACAGUCUGUAUUUUGACAUCUGUGAUGGAAUCUUCCUGAACUAUACCUGGACAGAUGACAACUUGGCACAGUCUAAAGCCUUUGCAGAGGCUAGGGGACGUCCAUGGGAUGUGUGGGUGGGGGUGGAUGUGUUUGGCAGGGGGUGCAGGGGCGGAGGGGGGUUCAAUACUACAGAGGCAGUUGAAGCAGCUCGUGCCCGUGAUCUGUCUCUGGCCUUGUUUGCUCAGGGAUGGACAUAUCAAUGUUUACCUAAGGAGGACUUCACUGCCAAUAAUAACAAGUUUUGGAAAAUGCUGGAGGACUGUUGCCAUACCAGGUGCCUUACGGACCUCCCUGUCUGCAGUCAUUUUUGUCAAGGCUUUGGAAAGGCAUACUUCCUCAAUGGUCAGAAAAUGUCAGCUAAACCUUGGUUUAACUUGGGACUUCAAAGUCUGCAGUUGCCCGAAGGCUGUGAGGAGUUCAAGGGGGAUAAUUUAGCCCAUAAGCAAGCGAAUGUGGUAGUUGCCUCCCUUUGUACUGAAAACGCUUUCCGUGGAGGCAGUUGUUUGAGACUAGACUGUCACAUGACAGAUGCCAGGUGCAGCAAGUGUUACAACUUAUUUCAAACAAACAUUGAGCUGGCUGAAUCCAUCAUUGUGUCAUUAUCCUGGAAAUCUGAGACAACAGACUGUGAAGUUUUCUUGGAAAUGAGCAUGAGGAAGGGAAAUGUUCAGCAGACUUUCAAUCUGGUACCUUUAUCACAGUCCAGGGAAAAACCAACAACAAUGGAGAGUGAUGUUGUUUUGUGUCAUCCACUCAGCAGUGAGCAGCUCCAAGUUAUUCUCCCUGUAUUGGGGAAGUGUCAGCCCGAAAAAGAUGGAUGGAAAACAAGUUAUUUCCUGUUUAACAAGCCAGAUGCCAAGACAGUCAUAGAAAGCGUAGGUGUAGGGAUACAGAGUAUAGAGGGAGGUCACGUGGCUGCCUUAUUAGGGAUGUUACAGAUUCUCCCACUGAGCAGCUGUCAGGAGGACUUUCCUGCUGUAAAGCAGUUAACAUUCACCCCCUGCCCUGAGGUCACAGGUGGCAGUGCGAAAGGAAAGUCCUGUGUGAAGAAGGCUUGGCUCUCCUGGGCAGUCACAGAUCCCAGGGGUGUGGACUACUUCAAUGUGUUUGGGUCAGACCAAAAGCUUUGCAUGUCAGACUGUGCUACAGCUCUCCAUGACUGGACUCUUCUUGGUCACUCAGUAAGCUGUUCCUUCUGUGUGAAGUCUACAUCUGGAUCAGGGUUUGUACUACAUGACCAAAUUAUUCAGUCCCUCUUAGUUCAGCCUGUGGUGAAAACAGGAUUUCUCCCUUCCCUCUCAAAGUGUUCGGUGAUACAGCUGCCAAACUCAGUGUCAUCAUGAACUGGAAUGUUAAAACCAUGUAAGGGAUACCCACGCAAUGUCAACCUGAGCUGGAAUGAUAAACCUGAGCUGGAAUGUUAAAACCAUAUAAGGGGUACCCACGCAAUGUCAACCUGAGCUGGAAUGAUAAACCUGAGCUGGAAUGUUAAAACCAUAUAAGGGGUACCCACGCAAUGUCAACCUGAGCUGGAAUGAUAAACCUGAGCUGGAAUGUUAAAACCAUAUAAGGGGUACCCACGCAAUGUCAACCUGAGCUGGAAUGAUAAACCAUGUA